AUGAAACUCCCGGCCUUGACAGGAUUACUAGCCUCGCUGUCUGGUGCAGCUUUUGCUGCGUCAUGGACCGCUACACCUUUCAUUCCCCACUCUUAUCCUCUCGCCGUGAGGUCUCCAUACCUAUCAGCGUGGUUGCCACAAGGUGAAGGCACUUCCUUGAACGGUGCUUGGCCUCAGUUCUGGACGGGAAGUACCCUAGGAUGGGCUGGCUUCGUCAAGGUUGACGGGACAGCUUACUCUUUUCUCGGUGCCGCUGCUGUCUCUGGGUCGACGUUCAGUCAAGCCACUCAACAAAGUGCUACGUUCACGGCCACGCAAAGCAUAUUUAUCUUGACGGCUGGUGGUGUUGAUCUCACCGUGACCUUCCUAAGUCCCGUGGAGCCUACCGACAUGGUAAAACAAUCUACGCCACUCUCUUAUAUGGCUGUUUCGGCAGCCCCUAACGAUGGAGCCUCCCACUCGGUGCAAAUAUACUCUGACAUCUCUGCUGAAUGGGCUUCGGGAGAUGAUUCGUUGACUGUCAACUGGACUACUACGACCGGAACUAUCGUGACUCACCAGGUCAUGCUCCAGACUCAAGAGGAGUACACAGAGUUCUCAGACCACAUUCAACAGGGAUCUGCUUUCUACUCCACUACAUCCGGAGCGACAUAUCAGACCGGUCAAGACGUCGUUGUUCGUGCCCAAUUCAUUAGCAGCGGUAGCCUCCCAAACACUGAGGAUACUUCUUUCCGAGCCGUAUCCGACGACUGGCCCGUGUUUGCAUUUGCCCACGACCUUGGUACAAUUAGCGCAUCUUCCGACCCAGUGUUGUUUACUGUAGGCCAUAUCCGGGACCCUGCGAUUGAAUACAUCAUUGCUGGUGGAGCUCUGCAGGACCGUAGUUUGUACUUCUGGAGCCAAUUUUCGUCUGCAGCAGAUCUCAUCUCCGACUUCAUCAGCGACUACACCGGUGCUCUCAGCCGAGCCCAAGCCUUCGACUCUCAAGUAUCCAGCGACGCCAGCACUAUUUCUACUGAGUACGCAGGUGUUGUGGCGGCGUCCAUUCGUCAAGCUUUCGGUGCCACAGAGAUUACGAUUUCCAAGAACUCUGACGGCACGUUCGACACGUCCGAUAUUCUCAUGUUCAUGAAGGAGAUCUCCAGUGAUGGUAACGUCAACACUGUCGAUGUCAUAUUUCCUGCUUUCCCCGCGUUCCUCUAUACCAACCCAGACCUGGUAAAAUAUCUUCUCUUACCAUUGUUCGAGUACCAGGCCACUGGACAAUACCCUAACGCAUGGGCUGUGCAUGAUAUGGGCGCAAGCUACCCGAAAGCAUUGGGCCACAAUGAUGGUGCUGAUGAGCCUAUGCCACUGGAAGAAUCUGGUAACAUGCUCAUCAUGACACUCAGUCACUUCCAGAAAACCGGGGAUGACAGUCUACUCACUACAUACACCGCGCUCUUAGACCAGUGGACACAAUUUCUGAUAGCAGAAGCUUUGAUUCCUGCUGACCAAAUCAGCACCGACGACUUCGCUGGAUCCUUGGCCAACCAGACAAACCUCGCCAUCAAGGGAAUAAUUGGUAUACAAGCCAUGGCCAACAUCUGGAGUCAACUCGGUGACUCUGCCACGAGCGCAAACUACAGUUCAAUCGCUUCCAGCUAUGUGACUCAGUGGCAGACUCUCGCCACCGCGACCUCUGGUGAUCAUCUGACAUUGUCUUAUGGCGAUGACAGCAGCUGGGGUCUCUCAUACAACCUCUUCGGCGACAAGUUGCUUGGUCUGAACUUAUUCCCCCAGUCGGUCUAUGACAUGCAGGCUGCCUGGUAUCCGACUGUCAAAAACGAAUACGGUGUUCCACUCGAUACGAGGCAUACCUACACCAAGUCGGACUGGCAGAUAUUUACAGCUGCAAUGCUUGAGUCGACUUCCACGACGGUUCGCGACAACCUUGUCUCUGGAGUGUACACUUAUGCAUCUGCCGCUCUGAGCGACGAUACCGAGCCUUUCUCGGAUUGGUACGAUACUUUGACAGGUGUAACAGAUGGUUUCAGAGCAAGGCCUGUCGCGGGUGGCCACCUAGCUUUGUUGGCACUAUAGCGCUACAAAACGUACUUGCGUGUUCUGCUAUUCGGGGU